AUUGUUUUGCGACCUCAGCGUCAAUUCAAACCAACAUUCAAUCUGUCCGGCUGGGACUGCAAUUACCAUACCAAGUCAUGUCAUGUUAAUUGGUGAAGGGAGUCGGAUUAUUUGGUUCAUAGGCCGAAAUUCCAAAAAUGAAGUCGGUGUCCGAGGUACUUUGUAGACGUAUCAAUGCGCGCCACGAUGAAGAUAACGUUAAACAUAAUUUCGCUGCUCACCAUGUUAGCCACGGUGAACUCCCAAUUUUGAGUAAGUUAUGGAGCCACUAAUCAGCCAGCCAUUGCUCGGAGAACCAACCGAAACUCUGCAGGAUCGGCAUUUCCAGGGAGCGAGGGGAGUAGUACACUCUGGAUCACGGCGCGGCAUGCUGGACAAAUGUCGGCAUCUACUAUGCGUAGUACCAAGCGGUAUUUCCCUCCUGUGUCAUUGAACUUUCUUUUUUGUUUAAUAUAAACCGCUUCAAUUUACACCGGCGAAGGCGAUAUCCCUUCAAACUGGCCUAAUAUCACGGACGCGACACGAUAAUGUCUGAUCAGUCUGGCCAGAGGAACGGCGAGAAUGAAACAACUCCCUUAAUCAGACAAAACAUUACCUCUAAUGGGAAGUUAACGGGCACGAGCAAUGGCUGUGAACCAAAAAGUUUCCUUAAAGCGAGCGUCUGUGCCGACGACGACAACAUACACGACACCCACUUCAUCGACAUUACUCCCUCCAAGUUCUGGGUGAUAUUCGGAAGCCUCUUGCUCUCUAUCGUUCUAUCCUUUUUUGACGGCUCUCUUUUAGAAUCCAUCCAUCCCGUCAUCUCGUCGCAUUUCCAUGUUGCGAACUCAGCAUCCUGGCUAUCUACGGGGUUCCUCUUAACCUGUACGGUGUUUCAACCGAUCAUUGGUCAGAUAUCCGAUAUAUUUGGCAGACGCGUUCCUUACCUUGUUUCCAUUACGAUAUUCUUCAUAUCCACGGCCUGGUGCGGGACAGCAUGGAGUUUCAGCAGCUUCCUUUGCGCACGACUACUUUGCGGUGUUGGUGCGAGCGGAAUCAUCGCUCUGGGGUCCAUUAUCUGUUCGGAUUUGAUCUAUAUUGAGCACAGAGGGAUGUACCAGUCUUACCUCAGUCUUGCGUACGGCCUUGGGAACUGCCUUGGACUGGCAUUCGGGGGGUUGAUAGUUGAUACCCUCGGCUGGAGAGCAGCGUUUGGAAUACAACUACCUUUGCUCUGUGUACUGUUCGCCGCGGCAUAUUUUACGUUGCCUUCAAACCUGGGUCCCCAGUUAGCACGCGAACGCAACAUUAACAUCCGACAAGCACUUGGAACGAUAGACAUUGCUGGUUCCUUUUGCCUUGUCCUUGGUGUCACAGCUCUGAUGCUGGGACUGAAUUUAGGCGGCAAUGUUUUCCCCUGGAGACAUCCGCUUGUUAUCUCUUCAUUGAUCGUAUUUUGCUUGGUUUCAGUUCCCUUCAUCAAAGUUGAACGCUUGUCCUCCAACCCUGCUAUCCCAUUGCCGCUCCUAUCAAAAGGCCCGCAUGCGAAUUUAAUGCUCGGGAACUUCCUUGCUGGUAUCUCUAUUAACACAAUCUUGUUCAACGCACCUCUUUUCUUUCAGGCAGUCAAGUUGGAGUCACCGACGAGCUCGGGGCUCCGUCUACUUCCCGCAUCUGUUGGGUUAAUGAUUUCCAGCCUCUUAACCGGUAUCCUUAUGGCAAGAACCCGUCGACUGAAGCCGAUUCUCCUUCUAGGGGUAUUUUGGCUGAUUGGCAGCUCUGCCUGCUCCGGGAUUCUCAGUGUCAACGCCCCAGAUUGGGUUUCCGUGCUCAUUAUUGCAAUGGCGGCCUUUAGCCAGGGCGCGUUGUAUCCGCCCACCAUGAUGGGAGUACUGUCGACCAGCGCCCAGGAGGACCAGGCUGUUAUCACCACAACUCUUUCCCUACUCCGUUCUCUAGGGUGGGUGAUGGGCGUGGCAGUCAGCAGCUUGAUUUUCCAAAACGCUCUGGGUGCGUUCCUCCGCCAAACUGUUACCGGCCAUGAUAAAGCGGAUAUAAUUCUCCGUGUUCGAAAGUCUAUUAAAGAAAUCGCUCAAUUGGAUACGAUCCAUAAAGCCCAGGUUGUCAGCGCCUAUGAAAUGGCACUUCGUGUAACCUUCUUGUCGAGCGUACUCUGGGGGGUCCUUGUACUUGCGCUCACCGUUCCUGUCAAAUUACCCCGACUGGGACACAAAAAGUGAUUUUUCAGCCCGACUUUUCUUCGCAGCCUGUGCAUUUUAAAUUCCCUAUAUACUCAAUAUGAUUUAGCUAGCGAGAUCUUCUUGCCUUGCACCUUUCGCUUGAAGGGCCCUUAAUUGUAUAGACUAGGGAGAAACCACUCUAGAUUUUAUGUAGAGUUUCAUUAUUGACUUGGAGAGAAAUGAAAAUAUUCCUCAUCUACGCCCAGGCAAAGUGUCCACCUCUCUCAAUUCCAUUGUACCAUGUCUGUCCUCACAGUGAUACUCAGGGAGUGUUCGGUUGCCUGUUUAACCUCAUGUAGGCUCUUAUAAAAGACUCACUUGCAUAAUCUUGCACACUGUAUUUAAAUUACCUGAACAAAAAAGGCCUUGUGUUCAGUCUGUCAUUCUUAUAUCUCUUUUUCUUCUUCAUUUACAUGUGAUUAGAGUUCAACAGUGGAAUUAGACUGGAUAGUGAAGAGUUAUAACUGAAAUAGACAAGAUGAGGGAUGUGCAAAGCUGUCAGUAUCUGAGUCAUUUUCAUGGAAAGGCAUAGUAGUGGGGUAGAUCAUAUUUCUUGCUUAAAUAUGCUAGCUGCGUGUAGGUUUUAUGAGUUUUGCCUCAAAAUAUAGAUUCAUUCCAUUAGCGUGAGGUCCAGAACAAC